GGCACCUAUCAGUGUAAACAGCACAGCAGCAUGCGUCCCGGGCCCUGCUUAUCUCCUCGGAGAGCAGGGGACGGGUGCUCUGCACAAAUCUCAUUGGUAAAGUUGUGUGUGCACUGGUUUUGUAGAACCAUUUCCUUUCAGUUUAACUCUGUCCGGGCGCCGAGAGCAGUGCUCAGCUGUCAGCAGAGCGCUUUCUGUUUGAUGGCCCCCGGUCUCGGCGAGGAGACGUGCUCCACACGCGGCACCCACUCUGAGAUGUCGCACCUAGAAGGUGGCAGCGAGGAAGUGAGCCCGGGCGGGGAGAGCACCGGUGUCUGCAGCGGCAAGGCCCCCCCAGGUCUCCUGUCCCAAACCAUGAAUUAUGUGGGCCAGCUGGCCGGCCAGGUGCUCGUCACCGUGAAGGAGCUGUACAAAGGCAUCAACCAGGCCACUCUGUCCGGGUGCAUCGAUGUGGUGGUGGUGCGGCAGCAGGACGGCACCUACCAGUGCUCGCCCUUCCACGUGCGCUUCGGGAAGCUGGGCGUCCUGCGCUCCAAGGAGAAGGUGAUUGACAUAGAAAUCAAUGGCAAUGCAGUGGAUCUUCACAUGAAAUUGGGUGACAAUGGAGAAGCAUUCUUCGUGGAGGAGACCGAAGAGGAAUAUGAAACGCUUCCUGCUUACCUUGCCACCUCACCGAUUCCCACGGAAGGUCAGUUCUUUAAGGAUCUGGACUGCCCCUUGGGGAAACCAGGAGGAGAUGGAGGACCACCCCAGAGUCCAGACAUCUCGAACGUCUCAGAAACGGAGACAGUGUUCGCCCCAAGUGCUGUGAAGAAGAAGAAGCGGAGGAGAAAGAAGUGCAAGCAGGACAGUAAGAAGGAGGAGCAGGCGGCCUCCCCCGCGGCAGAGGGCGCCCAUGACGUGGCCGUGAGCUCCGAUGACGAGAAGGCGGCCCAGGUGGCCAGAGGGUCUUCAAAUGCUUCCUUAAAAGAAGAAGAAUAUAAGGAGCCUUUGCUGUUUCGUUCUGGGGAUCACUACCCCCUGUCCGAUGGAGACUGGUCCCCACUAGAGAACACCUACCCCCAGGCAGCAUGUGCGAAGAGCGAUUCGGAGCUGGAGGUGAAGCCCUCGGAGAGCCUGCUGCGGUCCGAGUCGCACAUGGAGUGGACAUGGGGUGGCUUCCCUGAGUCCACCAAGGUCAGCAAAAGAGAAAGGACAGACCAUCACCCUCGGACGGCUCUGAUCACUCCAUCGGAAAGCACCCACUUCCGGGUCAUUCCGAGCGAGGACAGCCCCCUGCGCGACGAGGAUGAGGACCGGGCCCCUGCUGACCCGGUGCCUGCCCUGCUGAAGCCCACACCCAGGGCCCUGUGUGCACAUGCGCAAAGCCGAGACGCCUCUGGGUCCCCAGAGCCCGCGCAGCCCCUGCCCGAGGGGGACGCGGAGCCCUCGCCCAGCCCCAUCUCAACCGAGCCCAGGCUAGCGGCCAAGGUGGACUCGCCGUCCAGGAAGAGGGGUGUCCACAAGAGAAGCCAGCACCAGGGGCCUGACGAUAUUUACCUGGAUGACUUGAAGGGGCUGGAACCUGAGGUCGCUGCGCUCUACUUCCCGAAGAGUGACGGGGACCCCGGCUCCAGGCAGUGGCCCGAGUCCGACACGCUGUCUGGCUCUCAGUCCCCGCAGUCGGUGGGAAGCGCAGCCGCGGACAGCGGCACCGAGUGCCUCUCGGACUCCGCCAUGGACCUGCCCGACGUCACCCUGUCUCUCUGCGGGGGCCUCAGUGACAAUGGGGAGAUUUCUAAAGAAAAAUUCAUGGAGCAUAUCAUUACUUACCAUGAGUUUGCGGAAAACCCGGGGCUAAUAGACAACCCCAACCUCGUCAUCCGGAUUUAUAACCGUUACUAUAACUGGGCGUUGGCGGCGCCCAUGAUCCUCAGCCUGCAGGUUUUCCAGAAGAGUCUGCCUAAGGCCACAGUCGAGUCCUGGGUCAAGGACAAGAUGCCAAAGAAGUCUGGGCGCUGGUGGUUUUGGCGGAAGCGGGAGAGCAUGACCAAGCAGCUGCCAGAGGCCAAGGAGGGGAAGUCGGAGGUGCCUGCGGCCAGCGACCUACCUGCGAGUGCCAUGGAGCCGGCCAGCGCCAGGCUGACCGAGGACGACACGUCGAGUGACGAGGGCUCCCAGGAGCUGGAGGAGUCCGUCGCCGUGGAGCCGCUGCCUGUGGAGGCCCUGAGCCACGGCAGCAGCCCCUCGUAUAAGAAGUCGCUGCGGCUCUCCUCGGAGCAGAUCGCAAAACUGCAGCUCCACGAUGGCCCCAAUGACGUCGUGUUCAGUAUCACCACCCAGUACCAGGGCACGUGCCGCUGCGCGGGGACCAUCUACCUGUGGGACUGGAAUGACAAGGUUGUCAUCUCCGACAUCGACGGCACGAUAACCAAGUCUGACGCUUUGGGCCAGAUUCUCCCGCAGCUGGGUAAAGACUGGACGCACCAGGGCAUAGCGAAGCUCUACCACUCCAUCAACGAGAACGGCUACAAGUUCCUGUACUGCUCCGCGCGCGCCAUCGGCAUGGCUGACAUGACCCGCGGCUACCUGCACUGGGUCAAUGACAAGGGCACGAUUCUGCCUCGGGGCCCCCUCAUGCUGUCCCCCAGCAGCCUGUUCUCCGCCUUCCACAGGGAAGUGAUAGAGAAGAAACCUGAGAAGUUCAAAAUCGAGUGUCUGAAUGACAUCAAGAACCUGUUCGCCCCGUCCAAACAGCCCUUCUACGCCGCCUUCGGGAACCGGCCCAAUGACGUCUACGCGUACACACAGGUGGGGGUCCCCGACUGCAGGAUCUUCACCGUGAACCCCAAGGGAGAGCUGAUCCAGGAACGGACCAAAGGGAACAAGUCCUCGUACCACAGGCUCAGUGAGCUGGUGGAGCACGUGUUCCCGCUGCUCAGCAAGGAGCAGAACUCCGCCUUCCCGUGUCCGGAGUUCAGCUCCUUCUGCUACUGGAGGGACCCCAUCCCCACCGCAGACCUGGACGACCUGGCCUGAGGCCUGGCUGACAGCUGCCCACCGUCUCCGGGACCGGCCUUCGGCCUUCCUGCCCUCCCCUGCCCUGCCAGGCCGCCCGGCACCCUGUGCCAGGGGAGGAGGAGGGCGGGCUUACCGCGCCCCCCGAGCUGCAGAACUGAACAGGAAGGCAGAGGAGCCUGUGUGGACCAGACACAGCUCGGGUGUGGGCGGCCCGUGGGUGUCAGUCCGGAACUGCGCGAGGCGGGACUGCUCUCCCCUAGCCUGGGCGCCAGGUCCUGGUGGCGCUCACUCCUCUGCUCUGCGCCCGCUCCGGGGUGAGAGUGCUUCUCAGACUGCGCCUGUGGGGCAGAUGUGCGUGGGAAGCCAGGGCAGAACCUAGGGAGAGCAGCUGUGGCACCCACAGGCCCCGGGAGGCAUGGCCUUUGUCCUCCCUCCCUGCUGGGUCCUGGCGAGGUGGCCCUCAGGUCUCACCUGGGGGCAGGAUGUGUGAUCCUCUGUGCUUCAGGUUUGUGGCCAGUGGCCAGCAGCACCAGGUCUGCACUGGGGUCACGUGGGAGCCCUGAGCGGUCACUGUAGCCCCCUGGCCGGGCCGUGACAAGCUCGCGUCUCACGAAGGCCUGGGGGGAGCAGCCCCUGCGGCCUCGGCUGCCCCGAUCCUGAGCAACCGCUGCCGAGGGAGACCCCACAGUGUGGCCCGGACCACGGUGUUCCUGCGGCGCCUUUGUUGGCGUUUUUGCCUGGAUAGUUGUUCCCUUUCCCGACAAGCGCCUCUCCUCGUCUGGGGACUGGACGCCUGUCCCCGGGUCCCCAGCCCCGACCUGGUGGCGCCCGUCAGUGGGGCGCGGGCUGGUGGCAGACGCUCACCAGUGCUGUGGUGUGGAGACCUCGUCUGUGCUGGAGCCGUUGCCAUUUGGUACAAAUGACAUUUGUUCUUUCUGUGAAAGAGACGCCCCGCCUCCACGUAUUUGCACACAAGCCUCCACCGCGAGUCCGGGCCAUCUCCGCUGUCUUCCAGCUAGGGCCCCCUGCUGGAGGGGCUCCCCUCCCUCCUCCACGUCCGCCUGACUGUAGACGUCGCCCUGGCAUCCAGCGCCAGCCCAGGCGGUACUGUCAAACCCAUCGCGUCGGGUUGGCUGCAGAUGCCCGUGGGGCUGAGUCCCCAGCUGCUCCCCCAGGGCAGGGCGGAGAGCACGCCCCGCGCCGCCGCCGGUGCCAUCUGUGGGCGCCCAGUGGGACGGUUAGGGAUGUGGCGCCGGCUCUCUGGUGCCACCCUCACCUGGGAGCCCUGCUCUCCCGUGUGAGAGCUUCUGGGGUUUCAUUUAAAACUGGUUAAAAUUGGUAAACGUAAGUGUUCUUUCCAGGCAAGAGAGACUUUUUUGGUGUGGUCUGAAGGUAGAGGGGAGACAACACUCUCCAUCCCGUAACUCCACGCAGCGAUGAUGAAGUAUUGAUUACUGGGCAGUGUCACUAAUAGUUGUCCGAAGUUAAUCGUAAACAUCAGUACAGUGCUCUUAGCUGUGGUAAAGACGUCUUCAGAUAAAUGGCUCAUAUUUUGGUGCAGUGUUUGAUGUUCAAGACAAAAUGUUACAACAAUAAACAAGCAUAAAACCACA